UUGUUUAACUAUAUUUAUACAUACAUAUAUAUUUGUAUAUGCAUCUAGAACCCAAACAAAAUCUUAGGCGCGUCGGUACGCCAACGAGCGACGCCAACGUCUUCACACUUCGCUUUGGAAGUACGCGAAUUUCAUAUCGAACUCGUUCGAACGCAGUUUAAUUUGAGCGGUUGGCGCGCACAGUCCUUGUAUUGACCACAACAAAGGCGGAGUAAACGAUCGUUCCCAGGUUUACACUACACUCUCACACAAAUGCAUAUCAGUACGAAUAUAAAUAUCGGUUAGCUCACCGUUUUCCUACACAUAAUCAAGGGUAAAUCGCUUUGUUAGUGGACUCUAGUGAAUUUGGUGAGCCGCGCAAAAUGGACACAGGACCGAAUGAGUGUAGUACGCUGCUGGCGAAGCAUCAUCGUUCGCGGAAAUACACGCGAAACAGCAGUGUCGGCAGUGCAGAGCUUCCGAGUGAUAUGUUAUCCGAUGCUUCGAUAUCAUCGUUAUCUGAUCAAGCUAAUGUAUAUGGAUCCGUUGAAACGGUGACGUCAAUCACAUCCAGCGAACUGGAUGAGUUCAAUUGGCGACGUCUACGUUUCUACUUAGUCGAACCGAUGGUGUUCAUACUGCUGUUUGCAUACAAUUUAUCAGAAACCAUCGUGAAGAAUCAGAUAAUUUAUCAAACAUGCACGUCUAUAUUCAAUUUCAAUGAGACUGAUUGCGGACUAUUGGGUACUAAAAAUGCCAGUGAACAUAUUAAGCGAAUAGAGACUACUAUUCAGCCGUAUGCUGCGCGUAUUUUUAUGACAUCCUCACUCAUUGAGAGUUUUGUGCCGGCGUUUUGCGGUGUAUUUAUCGGCGCUUGGUCGGAUCGUUUUGGACGUAAGCCAUUGCUGAUUACAGCUUACAGUGGAUACGCGUUGUACUACGCGAUCGCGGCGAUAAUUGCGCAAUUGUCCACAACCAUUCUGGUGAGCCCAUGGUAUUACCUAUUGGCGGUGUUGCCACUUUCACUGAUCGGUGGCAGUGUUACCUACUCAGUAGCGACCUUUUGUUAUAUUUCCGAUGUGUCCAGUGAACAAGAGCGGCCAUAUCGCAUGACCACAUAUGAGGUUGCUGUAUUCUUUGGACUCAUGGCUGGUUCUUUCGCAUCGGGCUAUCUUUACGAAGCCACCAAUACGACUUUUGUUUUGCUAACAUCAUGUUGUUGUAUAUUUGUGGCCACUUGUAUUAUACUCUGCUUCGUACCGGAGAGCUUAAACCGGCGACGCUUUCAAUUUAUAUACAACGUUGUUGGCGAUACUGAGGAAGCGGAUCAACAGUUGAAUGCUGCUGCAGAGGAAACAGGCGAAAUACGAAAACUCUUCGAUUUGGCAGCAGUGAGGGAAAUGUGGGACACUUGUUUUAAACCACGCGGAUAUAACGAUCGCGCGAUCAUCUGGCUGGCAAUGAUCGCAUCUUUGAUAUCUGUGUUUGUCAUAGAUGGCAGCAUGACUGUGUUUUACUUGUUUAUACGUGAGAUAUUCAAUUGGUCCGUAAAGGAGUUUACCACAUUUGAAACAAUCAACAUGUUUGUGACCACCAUUGGUAACAUAACGGGUGUGAUUCUAUUGAAGAGGUUACUGAAACUCUCAGUGGUUCACAUUGGUAUUCUGGCAUUUUUCAGUGAGGCCGCUGCUAGUUUUACGAAGGCUUUUGCUGUUACAAAUUGGCUUAUGUAUUUAUCGGUCGGUGUUGGAGCUCUGCGAGCGAUGGCGCAUCCGAUGUGUCGCACUGUUGCAUCCAACGUGUUACCGGCAAAUGAAUUAGGAAAAUUUUUCUCCUUCUACGGAGUUUUGCAAGCAUUCCUACCAUUCAUUGCCGCACCGAUAUACACAGGCAUUUAUAGCUUAACGCUCACGACUUUUCCGGGAUUUUACAAUUUGUUAAAUGCCAAUUUGUUUAUAAUAGCCAUUUGUUUUCUGCUCGUGAUCUUGCGCAAGAAGCGUGCUUUUCCAACACGUUAUCAGGAACGACUCUAAAAUAACGGUGUAUUCAUUGUGGUAAUUGUCAACGUCGCAGCGUUGAAAAGAUUUGCAAGCUUGAAUAAUUAAAUAUUAAGUAAUUUUUUAUUGUAUUAUCACAUGUUUGAUUUUAUUUUCACUAUUAAUAGUUUUAUAAUUAUAUGUACAUGUAACAUUAUUAUUCUUUUAUUGAAAUCUAAAAUAUUUUUCUUUGAUCUCUUUUAAAAA